CGCCGCGAUGGAGCUGCGGCUGCCGGGCGAGGAGGAGCAGGAGGAGGAGGAAGAGGAGGAGGAGAAGGAGGAGGAAGGCAGGGAUUAGUGCGGAGCCGGCUGGUGCAGAGGCGCAGCUGAGCGCUCCGGCGGGAGCCCAGGACCCUGCGGCCCGUGCGGGAGGCAGGGGCGGGAGGAGCUGAGAUGCGGCUGCUCCAGCCACGCCGCUAAAACUGCCGGUCACUCGCUCGCUCGCGGGAGGAGGAGGAAGGAGGGCGGUGAGCUCCUUCCUCCCCGCUGCGCCGCGGGGCGCGGGCAGGCCUUCCUCCAGCUCAUCCCAGCCCUGAGCCGGAGCCGCCGCCGCCCCCUCUGCCUUCCUGCCCUCUUCCCACCAUGAGCGGGGCCGUUUUCACCUCGUAAAGAUGGCGGUGUGGGAUCGCUGCAACCUUUAGACUAAUGACUGUCAGAAACAUCGCCUCCAUCUGUAAUAUGGUUCUUCAAGAGCAGCUCCACACAGUUGCCAACUUCCCUCCAUGUGGUGUCCCAGCAUGCCUUGUGCUGGCAAUGCCACACAUACCAUUCAGCUGCCCUGGAGAACGGAGCCUGCCUCCGGGGGCACCAAUGCCUCUGCUCUGGAAAAAGACAUUGGCCCAGAGCAGUUUCCCAUCAAUGAGCACUACUUUGGAUUGGUCAAUUUUGGGAACACCUGCUACUGUAACUCCGUGCUGCAGGCACUGUACUUUUGCCGUCCAUUUCGGGAAAAUGUUUUAUCAUACAAGGCCCAACAGAAAAAGAAGGAAAACCUCUUGACUUGCCUGGCAGAUCUUUUUCACAGUAUUGCUACUCAGAAGAAGAAAGUUGGAGUUAUUCCACCAAAGAAGUUCAUAUCAAGGUUGCGAAAAGAGAAUGAUCUAUUUGACAACUACAUGCAGCAGGAUGCACAUGAGUUUUUGAAUUACUUGCUGAAUACAAUCGCCGACAUUUUACAGGAGGAGAAGAAACAGGAAAAGCAAAAUGGGAAAUUGAAAAAUGGCAACAUGAACGAAGCUGAAGAGAACAAUAAGCAAGAACUCACCUGGGUGCAUGAGAUUUUUCAGGGAACACUGACUAACGAAACUAGAUGUUUGAACUGUGAAACCGUUAGUAGUAAAGAUGAAGAUUUUCUUGACCUUUCUGUUGAUGUGGAGCAGAACACAUCAAUUACACACUGUCUAAGAGACUUCAGUAACACAGAGACAUUAUGUAGUGAGCAGAAAUACUACUGUGAAACCUGCUGCAGUAAACAAGAGGCACAGAAAAGGAUGCGAGUAAAAAAGUUGCCAAUGAUUCUUGCCUUACAUCUCAAGAGAUUCAAGUACAUGGAGCAAUUGCACAGGUAUACUAAGCUGUCUUAUCGUGUUGUAUUUCCCCUGGAAUUACGUCUCUUCAACACGUCUGGCGAUGCUGUCAACUUAGACCGGAUGUAUGACUUAGUAGCUGUUGUCGUUCACUGUGGAAGUGGACCGAAUCGUGGGCAUUAUAUUACUAUUGUGAAAAGUCAUGGAUUUUGGCUCUUGUUUGAUGAUGACAUUGUAGAGAAAAUAGAUGCUCAAGCUAUUGAAGAAUUUUAUGGACUGACCUCUGAUAUAUCAAAAAAUUCGGAGUCUGGUUAUAUUUUAUUCUACCAGUCAAGAGAGUGACUUGGGAAACUGUGACAACUGCACACAACAACUCUGCAGGCAAAGAAGGUGAUGGCCCACUGAAUUGACUUCUACAAAAACCUCAUCUUGUAUGGCUGAAAAAUGAUAUAUUCUGCCUCUCAUUAAAUGGCCUAUGUGGUAUUGACCGUAACUGUUCAUUUUUGACAUCCAGAACUUUCUUUCAGGAGGGGAGGGCAGUUUGUUGUUUUCAAGUCUGAUUGAGAAGUUAAUUGCAGUCAGAUUCUAGUAGAAUUUAUAUGGAAUAACACCGAAAGAAUUGAAUGUCAACUGUUAAACCAAAUCUGGCUAGAGCAGUAUUUUAUGUGGAACAGCUCACUGUAUUUAGGCCAAAGUUGUUUUAAGCUUUCUAAAUGAUUUUGGAGUGUAUUGACUUUCUUAACCAAUUUAAAUGUAAGGGGGAAAAAAUCUGCUUCACAAUGACUGGAAUUGUCAUAGGGUAUUUUUCUUUUUUUUUUUUUUUUACAUGAUACUCUCAACUGCAAAGAAAGUUAAUCUUCCAAAAUCAUUUAAGCUUUGGGCGUUGUUAAAAACUUUCAGUGUAUAAUGUUAGGCCUAAAAUUCACAUAGAAGGAUGUAAAUUACAGUGGAACUAAGCAAUAUUAUAUGCCAAGACAAUAUGAUAGUACAGAUGAGGUGAGAUUUCAGAACUUACAGAGCACUGGAAUAAAAUCAGCAAGAUGACACAUGUAGCACAGAGAUAAAUUACUUUUAUAGAGAUUGAGCUUAUUGUUCUGCUAAAACAGUAUAACACGUUCUUGACUUCAUUGAUUUUGCAGAGAUAACAACACUGCUCAUGUGCAAUGUAUCCAUGAGGACUGAAAUUCCACAGUCCAGCUCCAGGUGUGCUGUUGGUACACUAUAUACAUAAAACAAGCUCCAUCCUACAAUUUUUUUUUUUUUUUUUUUUUAAUAUUUGACAGCAUUUUGAACAGACUUAGUUCUGCUGUUUCUGAUUUUACUGGGCGAAUUGGGCUGGUAACAGUAAUACACUGGCUAAUAAAACUAUCAAACGCACAUACUGGAUUACAGCAAAGAAGGAAUGUAAAAGAAUGUGUCAGCAGGGUAGGAGAAGGGAUGGAAAGUGGAAUGAGGAAGAGGUAGCCCUGGGUAUCUCUCUUGCUUGGUUUGACACAGUUGUACAGUGCUUGAACCUUAGCACCCAAAUACCUGUUCAAAUUAGAUCAACAGCAAAGAACCUCCUGUUGCCUUCAGGGCAACAGAGAGCUGGUUCCAGCAUUUUCUAGGACUCUUUGUCAUCUCAUGAGAUGUAUUUCUACUUGUUACAUUUUAUUGACUCUUGUUCAGUAUUUAUUAGACAAUGUUGCUUUUGCUACUUUUCCUUUAGAAGCCUGCUUGUCAUUUUGUGGCAGACAUGCUUCAGAAAACUGCCUCUGAAGCAAGGCUUAAUCUUCUAUUCUAGUUUUCCACAGGAAAGAGAAAAAUACUUUUCACUGCAAUCUACUGUGAAUGUGAAACAUUUGUUGUUGUUGCUGUUGAAUAACGGGGAAAAUGAAAUACUGGUUUCUACAUCAACAUUGAUUGAACAGAUGGAUUUAUCUACGGCCAUUUUGUAAACCAAUGAAAUGUAGCACUUUACACUGAAGGACAAACAGAAGUGACCUUUUCAUAGGACUUUUUUUUGGUGGCUUAUCAUGUCCUUAUACCAGUACAAAAAAAAAAAAAAAAAAAAAAAAAAAAAUUAACCUUAGGGUCCUUGGGUACAUGAAUAGCAGAGCUCUGCAGAGAUCACUCAUGUGGAUGAAGGUUGUUAUGCAGGCUAUAGAUAAGCAUAAUUGCGAUGCCAUUCUUGUUCUUGUAUCAAUGAUGAAAUGAAAUGUUCUAUCUGUAACACAAAAGACAGACAUCCUACAGGAGACUUCAGCUCUCACUGAAGCCCAGGACGCCUUUUCCAGUGAAAAGCUAAACCUGUAAGUCCUUUUUUUUUUUUUUUUUUUUUUUUUUUUUUUUUUUUAAUGGAUUUAUGUGCAUUCCAAAUUUCCAUACUAAAAAUAUAAUAAUUAAUUGCCUUUCAAAACAGGAGUGUUUCCUGCUUGUGAAUGAAGGCAGUUUCCAGCUCAGCAUUCAUCAAUGUUGGUCCAAGGGUCUGUACUUCACAGUUUACUGCAGAACAUUCAUAGGGCAUUCUUCAGUUUCCAAACAAGGAAGAAAAAAAAUCCUUAAUGCAGCUCAUGUUUGUACAUUGUGCAUAGAAGUAACAUUAAAAUUGGUUCAAUUGUAGGAUAUAUUUAAAAAAAAAAAAAAAUUGAAUUAACUUAUCUGACAAAGUAUUUUUAACUAUUGGUUGG